GGAGUUUACUCUGACAAACACCAGCCGACUACAGCAGAGGACCCGCAGCAGCUAAAAGAGGAUAGUUUUCCAAAUAGGUGCGAGCUGAUCGGACGCUGUGGAUAAAAUAUCACUGCAAGGUUUCCAGUGUCAAACUCGACUCGAUGUCCGGGAGGAGAGAGGAAUUUAAGUCAGAAGAACACAAACAAAGUCUCCAACUGUAAAUGGACACUUAGAGUCUCGUAAGGACACAUAUUAGAUCAUCCCACUGGAUAUUCGUUUACCCUGCACAGCUCGCUACAGAGAGCCACAGAGAUGGAUGUGGCUGCUGAUCAGCCCCGAUGGAUGCAUCACCACGCGAUGCUGAACGGACAACACCCCGACUCUCACCACCACGGCCUGGGGCACAACUACAUGGAGCCCACGGCCCAGCUCCUGCCUCCGGACGAGGUGGAUGUUUUCUUUAAUCACCUGGACUCACAGGGAAACCCGUACUACCACAACUCUGCCCGGGCCAGAGUGACCUACAGCCAGGCGCACGCUCGUCUGACGGGGCCUCACCUCAUCCACAGCCCGGGGAUCUCCUGGCUGGACGGAGGGAAAGCAGCCCUGUCUGCCCACCACCACAACGCCUGGGCCGUGAGCCCCUUCAGUAAGCCCAGCCUGCACCACCCGGGCUCUGCAUCCCCCGGGGGUCUCUCUGCCGUGUACCCGUGCAGCAGCAACUCAAACACGGUCUCCGCAUCCUCGUUAACGCCGACGUCUCACUCCAGCCCGCAUCUGUACACAUUCCCACCAACUCCCCCUAAGGACGUAUCACCGGACCUGGGGGCCGCGUCUCCACCGGCCUCCAGAAUGGACGAGAAGGAAUCUAUCAAAUACCAAAUGUCGUUAUCGGAGGGGAUGAAGAUGGAGGGCUGCAGUCCGCUGAGGAACAGCCUGGCCUCCAUGAACGCACAGAACCACUCCACCCACCACCCCAUACCCACAUAUCCCUACUCUCUCCCGGCGCAUGAGUACGGCAGCAGCCUGUUUCACCCCGGCAGUCUGCUGGGAGCAUCCUCCAGCUUCUCCAGGAACAAAGGCAAGACACGAUCCUGCACCGACAUCACUGUGUAUUCUUCUUCAGAGGGGCGUGAGUGUGUGAACUGCGGAGCCACCUCUACACCUCUGUGGAGACGGGACAGCACCGGGCACUACCUGUGCAACGCCUGCGGGCUGUACCACAAGAUGAAUGGCCAGAACAGACCGCUCAUCAAACCCAAACGACGACUUUCUGCUGCCAGACGAGCAGGCACCUGUUGUGCUAACUGCCAGACGACCACCACCACACUCUGGCGGCGCAAUGCAAAUGGAGACCCAGUGUGCAAUGCCUGCGGCCUCUACUAUAAACUGCAUAACGUGAACCGGCCUAUGACCAUGAAAAAGGAGGGAAUACAGACACGCAACCGGAAAAUGUCAAACAAAUCCAAAAAAAGCAGACGGGGCUGCGAUAGCUACGAGGAGUUUUCCAAAAGCCUGCACGACAAGAGCUCUCCCUUCAGCUCUCUGGCCGGACACAUGUCCAUGAGCCACCUAGCGCCUUUCAGCCACGCUGGACACAUGCUUCCCACGCCCACCCCCAUACACCACUCCUUCGGGCACCCGCACCACUCUAACAUGGUGACGGCCAUGGGCUGAGAGGGGUCAACAUGUAGGAACGCUGGGGGAACCUGAGAUGGUUGUGUGAGCGGAAAGGAGGGUCUCACUAGAGGACAGUGUGUACAAUGUUAGCAACAUGCAGUUUGUGUGUCUGCAUCCUGAUUGUCUCUUGAUUGAUUACGCCAUGGUAUUUUGGAGAGCAGAUGUAUCGGGGGAGUAAAUGACCUUUUUACUUCUUAACUAUAGGUACCUAUUUUGAUGGAGGAAGACAGAGAGGAGGUUUCUGCUUGCCGUAUGCCAGGCACGUGUAAACACAGAAGUGUUGUUGCACAUCAUAGUUUUGUCCGCACUGACAGCCGGGCUGACUGCAGUGUGGCUCAGUAUGUGCCCAACAGGUUUAUAUUAACUGUGAAUAUUGUAAAUGUGUAAGAACGGAGGGGACGUCCCAGCAAGGGAAAUCACCUUUGAAACAUUAAAUGAUAAUAUGCUGGAUUUUUUUGCUUAUGGACAGUUUUAAAGGAAUUUUCACAAAAAAAGAAAGUAAACAACAAUUGUUUAUGAAUACUAAUUUGACACUGUUUAUUAUAAUUAUUGUUAUUAUAAUUGUUAUUGUUAUUCAGAUAAUUUAUUUUCACUGAUUUUCUUUCUUUUACUAUAUCCCCUGAAGCAUAAUAUGGAUACUGUUAUCCCAGUUAUGAAUAUAUUUUUAGCUGAAGCGCUUUCUUUGAGCUGGUCAACAUUUAUAUGUAAGAAAUAAAAAGAUCAAGUUUAUUAUUUCAUCUGCUCCUUCUAUUCAAUGAUGAAUAAUUAAGUAUUCAUAGUAAGAACAUAUACAGAAAUGUAUUAGGCUCAUUUUGAUCUCCUACAUGUCAUACUAGAGCAAGCUACCAUGCCGAAAACAUACAAAUAACCCUCUUCAUGAAGGCACCAUUAGUUUAAUGUCAGUAACACCUCUUUUUUACAUUUACAAUUAUCUUCAAUUUAUAUUCUGUGCAUCAAAUUAUCUCUAUCUUUCUAUACAUCUCUGUUUAUGUCUAUUUUGAGAAAUAUGCUUAUAGGCUUUCUUGCACGUAAAGAAGGUUGACAUCACUCUCAUUUUGCACGGUAAAUAUGAAACUUAGCUUAGCAUAAAGACUGAAAACAGGAAAUAAGCCUGUUUGUCUCUGUCCAAAGGUAAGACAAUGCAACAACAACAAUCUAUAACUUCUUAUAGACUUAUAGCUAAAGCCCAAAAGUGACUGUGCCGGGACCAAGAAGUAAACCAACAUAUAGGCCUCCAUAAAACCAAAAGGCAAUGCAUUUAAACUUUGUUUUUGCAUGAAUGAAACAAAUACAAUUCGGAGGUGCUUAAUGAUGGAUUUAGUCAUAUCUUUUUUUAAGCUGCCUGCUAGCUCUUUCCACUCUUCAUGGGCUAAUCAAACUGCCUGCUGGCUCUCGAUACAUAUUAACCGUGCAGACACAAGAGUGGUGUGAACAUUUCCAUUGAAAGGUCGGCAUGAACAUGUUCAAGCAUAGCUCACAAAAUGUCAGCCUAUUCCUCUAAGAGUUCUUUGGGUAUAAACCACUCUACCUUCAGGCGGUGCUAAUGUAAAGAACACCUUUGCAGCUGAACGAGGGAAAUAAACUAUGUAUUGUACAACUUUCUAUUAGUCUAUCAGUAUAUCAUUCCUUUGAUCUACUCUUCUACCAUACUGCCAGAGUCAGAGUAUCCAUGCUUACUGUAUGCUACCUGUCACAAAAAGCUAAAAAACCUGGUUGCCAUUGCAUACUGUUGAUAAUAAAGAAACCAUAUACA